CAAUAGAGAUAGCAAUAGAGAGAUAUCAAUAGAGAUAGAGAGAGAAAGGCUGGGUUACUUGUAGGUUUACAAACACUUUUCCCAUUUUUCAAUUCUUCUCACAUUAUUAUUCAUAACUUCUCUUAAAUUAAAUCCCCCCUUUAAUUUUUCCUACCCCCUUAUAUUUCGCUUUGCCCAAAACUUGUCACCAAUCAUUCCUUUCAUUUCUUUCUGAAUCCUGAUUUUUCAAAUCUCUUUCUCUCUCUAGAAAAUUUUGCAACAAAUUCAAGAAAUUUUUACAAUUUCUUUGUUAACAGUUUUUUUUUUCUACAAAAUUUGGUUGUCAGAAGAACAAAUGUAGGCAUGGCCAACAAGUGUAGUAGUUGCUACUAUUAACCAAAACCACACUCCAAUUCCUUCAUCAACAACUAUUAGUAAUCCUCAACACCUUUAUAAAAAAUAAAAAAAAUACUUCCUCCGUUUCAGAUUAGUUUACUCAGUUUGUAAAUGGGUAUGAGCGCUUUUCCAGAUUUAACUUCGCUCUCGCUUAGGAAACCCAACGCAUUCGGGGGAAUGCCGGCUGCUUCUGAACAGCCGACCACCUCGAAGAGCAGGGGUUUCCCCUUUCUGGGAAGUUUUAUGAUCCCAAGAUCAGACCACACUCAAAUUAAUGAAGGGCAAGAAGUAAUUGAGGGUAAAGUGUGUGAUUUUGGAGAUGGGUUUGUUGAAAAACAUGGUAUUUCUAGCAUGGAUCUCAAUGCAAAUUGUAAUAAAGAAAAAAACUUUUAUGAAAAUAAUAACUUUAAUAAUGAAACUAGUAGUAUUAAUAAUAAUAAUAAUAAUAAUAAUAAUAAUAAUAAUAAAGUGGGUUGUUCUAAAGAAAGUAGUAAGGUUUGUGCAAGAGGACAUUGGAGACCUGCUGAAGAUAGUAAGCUCAAGGAACUUGUUGCUAUCUAUGGCCCUCAAAAUUGGAACCUCAUUGCUGAAAAAUUAGAAGGAAGAUCAGGUAAAAGUUGCAGGUUAAGGUGGUUCAACCAAUUAGACCCAAGAAUAAACAGAAGAGCAUUUACAGAAGAAGAGGAGGAAAGAUUAAUGCAAGCACAUAGAGUGUACGGUAACAAAUGGGCAAUGAUAGCAAGACUUUUUCCAGGAAGAACUGAUAAUGCUGUUAAAAAUCAUUGGCAUGUUAUUAUGGCUCGAAAGUAUAGGGAACAAUCUAGUGCUUAUCGAAGGAGGAGAAAUCUUAUUGUUCAUCAACAACCGCCGUCAUCGUCGUCGAGUUUUCCUAACAAUUAUCAUCUUAAUGCGAUGAGGUCGUCUUCGUCGUCGUCUUCUAUGGAGGAAGAUGAACAAAUGCCUAGUGGUUAUAAUGGUGUUUAUGGUGGAGUUAAUAUGAUUAAUAAUAAUCAAUGUUCUUCUUUUACAAGUAAUGGUAAUGGGUUUUGUGGGCAGCAGCAGUCUCCUUUGGAUUUCUUCUCAGGUCCAAAUAAUAAUAACCAAAACAUGGUGAGCAUGUUCAGUCAAAGCAGCUGUUUGGAUAGGCCAAUACAAAUGCAAAUACAACAACAGCAGUCUUACUAUUGUUACUACCACAACAACAAUAAUAAUUCUCCUCUAAUUUCACUUCCCCAAACAGACCCUUAUUCUCUCUCCUCACAAUCUUCAAUUGGAGCAGCUGGAGGCAGAUCAGAUGAUAAUCCUACUUCUUCUUCACCAUCUUUCAUAGAUUUCCUUGGUGUUGGUGCUACUUAAUUAAUUAAUUAAAUAAAUUAUUAGAAUUUUAAUUUUGUUUCAUUUUUUUAAUCUUAACUUUUAAUUUAAUUAUUAUUGUUCCUAAGAAAAAUGGAAGCAAAAAUUGUAAAAAUUAGAUAGUGUUAACUAAGGGAUUGGAUAUGCUAUGGUCGUCAAGUCUAUCUAUUCAAAAACUUCUGAUAAAAUUGGAACGGUAUAGAAAGAAUAUGAUGGAUCGAUUAUGUGGUGUGGUGUGUUUUUUAGAUUAACUUAGAAAUUACCAUUAAUGGUAAAAAAAAGUGGGAGAGUUUUCCUUGUAUCAGUUAAAAAAAAAUGACACUUUAAUCAUAUCAUAUAUCAUCAUGACAUUAUUUAUAAGUUUAAUUUUAUUAUAUGGGUGAGGCCACUUGUGCUAGCUUGAAGAGUUGAAGUUAUAUUGGAAAAAGAAAACCAUCGUUGUCGAUGUUUUCUUGCAAUACGUUGUGGAUGGAUAGAAGGUCUUAAACUUGCAGGAGAACCAACGGUCCAAAUAUGGUUUUCUGUUAAGUUAUAAUCAUCAUCUUGUGUUGGAAAAGUAACAACUGAUCUCAGAUGUGAUAGCUUUAUUUAUUAGGAUUAUGUGUUUAUUUUUAUAUAAAGUCACGACCUGUUAUCUUCGGUUUAAUUACAGUUUAGUUCAGUUCAAUUCCUAAUUUCCUUCUCUCAUAAAUAAUUCAGUUCAACUCAGUAAAUCAGAACAGGUUCUUAGUUUUUUUUUUUUUUUUUUUCGAUAAUGCCCAUAACCCACAUAUAUUUAAAAUCAAGGGACAUUUCUCUUAAAGGUUGUACAACUUGUAUUAAAAAAAAAUAUAUCAACCCUGUAAAUAACAUGACACAAUGACACUUAAUUUGUGAGGAAUAGACUAAAUAAGUGUAUAUAGAUAGAUAAUCACCAUACAAUAGGGUUGGUGAAAAUGUAAAUUAAGUAUGUUAAUCCCCGUAAUUAAGAUCACUUAAGAAACACCUUUU